AGAAACUUCCAUCAACCCUUCAAACCCCACCACCUCCCUUCCCUCUCUCCACCACCACCUCAUUUAUCUCCAAGUUACAAUGCAAUAUAACACCACCACCUUAUACAACAAACCUUCACUUCAAUGUCUCCUUCAAAAAACUCUUCACCUCUCUUCCUCCUCUUAUUAGUCUUCCUCUCCUCCUCCAUCCCCUCCACCUUCUCCUCCCCUCUCUCCACCCUAUCCAUCUCCCACUUCUCCAACCUCACCUUAGUCUGCGCCCUUGUCCAGUCCUCUCCCUCCGAUCGCUACGAUCUCAAUUGCACCGCCCUCCCCUAUCGAGUCCAACGCUUUUACCCCUCCGGCGACCAGCCCUAUGCCGCCGUCGCCGCCGGCGAUGACUUCCUAUGCGGCCUCACCUUGCCCCCCGACAAUUCCAAUGCCACCAUGAGGUGGUGGGCCUUCUCCGCCGACGAUGCCGACCCCGGCAAGCGGAUCUACCGGGGGCCAUCUGUCGUGGCCCUCGCCGCCGGCGACUCCCGCGUUUGCGGCCUCAUCGGCGAUGCGCGCAAGCCCGCAUGCUGGCGGUGGCCCGAGGUCUCCUUCCCUAGCGGCGUAAGCUUCGCCGAUAUCGCCGUCGGCCGGGAUUUCGUCUGCGGGUUAUUGAAUUGUGGAUCGAUCAAGUGCUUCGGAUACGACUUCGAUGUCGUCGGAAGUGAGCCUCCCGGGAAUUUCAGCUCGGUCGCCGCUGGAUCCCGACAUGCAUGCGGCAUCACCACCGACGGCAAUCUAACAUGCUGGGGCGCCGGCGCCGGAGCUCCAAAAGUAAAUGAAUUCACAACCGGCAUAAUUUCCAUGGCAUUGGGAGCUAACCGGACAUGCCUGCUCCGUGCCAACGGAACAGUACUCUGCUGGGGGGAAAAACCUCAGCUGCCGACCGACAUCGCCGCCGAACAAUUCAUCGCCAUCGAAGCGAAGGGCGAUGCGGUCUGCGGCAUCCUGGCGAAGAACUUCUCUGUGGUCUGCUGGGGGAGCGAAAUUUUCUGGCAAAACCACCUCGUCUACCGCCGAGCCAAGCCGGGGACCUGCGUGCCGAGCUCGAGCUGUCGGUGCAACAUCCUCCCCGACUCCGGCAGCUUUUGCUCCGACGGCCAGGUCAUCUGCCAGCCUUGCAGCCUCCAGCUCAAUUCAAGCCCACCACCAUUUCCACCGCCGACCAAUUCAACCCAAAGCCACAGCACCAGCAAGGAGAGAAAACUAGUCUUCAUAGUUCUGGGAUCGGUUGGACUCGGUCUCGGCCUUUUGGCCGUGAUAGGCUUCAUAGUUUUCAGACAUUGUAACAAGAGAAGCAAAUGCCGGGUCCACGACACGUUGGAGCUGGGUGUGAGGCCAUCUCCCCGAGUCGAGCCGAUUCUAGACGGGCAACUCGGUCCGUUUGUGGAAGAGUUCUCCAUGGAAACCCUCCUCAAAGCCACGGACGAAUUCGCCGAGUCGCACAAGAUCGGAUCCGGCAGCUUCGGGUUGGUCUACCGGGCGACCCUCCCCGACGGGCGGGUCGUCGCCAUCAAGCGCGCGGACCUGGCGAGCUCCUCGUCCCGAGUCAGCCACAAACGCCGAGUCCAGGAACGAGCCUUCCUCUCCGAACUCGCCCUCUUGUCCCGAGUCAACCACAAGAACUUGGUCCGGUUGUUCGGCUACUGCCAGGAGCGUGGCGAGCGGGUGCUGGUCUACGAGUUCAUGGCCAAUGGCACGUUGCACGACCACCUCCACAAGCUCGAGAACUCGCCGCUGAAUUCGUGGGCGGCGAGGCUCAGGGUGGCGCUCGACGCGGCGCGGGGGAUCGAAUACCUCCACACCUACGCCGUGCCGGCGAUCAUCCAUAGAGAUAUCAAGUCGUCGAACAUUUUGCUCGAUGGGGAGUGGACGGCGAAGGUGGCGGACUUCGGGCUGUCGUUGACGAGCCCCGGCGACGAGACCAGCGCGGCGGGGACCGUGGGGUACAUGGACCCGGAGUACUACAGGCUGCAGCGGCUCACGGCGAAGAGCGACGUGUAUAGUUUUGGGGUGGUGCUUUUGGAGCUGGUGACCGGGUGCAAGGCGAUACAUAGGAGCGAGGAGGGGAGUGACUCGCCGAGGAAUGUGGUGCAGAUGGCGGUGCCGUGGGUCGAGGCGGAUGAAGUGGACCGGGUGUUGGACCGGAGGCUGGCGCCGCCGACGCCGGCGGAGGUGGAGGCGGUGGCGUACGUGGGGUACGUGGCGGCGGAGUGCGUGAGGGCGGAGGGGAGGGAGCGGCCGGAGAUGAGGGACGUGGUGGCGGCGUUGGAGCGGGCGGUGGCGGAGGUGGACCGGGCCGAGGCCGAGCGGUCCAGGUGAGAAGUGGUGGGCGUUGGACCGGGUUGGCAAGUUGGGGGGAGGUCGUUCUGGUGGUGGGAACCAGGUUAGCCUGAUGGGCACAUCUCAACAACUAACAGAUGCUGCUGGUAACCAUUUUUGAAUUUUUCUUGCUCUUUUUUUUUUUUUCUUGGACCGUAAACAAUUCAAUUAACAAGUGGUGUUUGAUUUUUUUCCCCAUGUAACUCAUUCAAUUAACAAAGUUGAUAUUUUUUCCCCCCUCCA